AUGGAUCUAGAGAAACAGACCGAGCCGACGGUCGAGACCAAAGAUCCCAACCUGGUUGACUUCGACGGUCCCGAUGACACGGAAAACCCAUUCAACUGGCCCACCUGGAAAAAGGACCGUCAGCUGGUUCUGAUGGCCUUUAAUACCUUCAUAACUCCAUUGGCAUCCUCAAUGUUCACCCCGGGAAUCAGUGAUGUGAUGAAGGAAUUCAAUGUCACCAGUAGCAUGCUGGGGUCAUUCGUCGUCUCCGUCUACAUUCUGGGGUAUUGCUUCGGGCCUUUCUUAAUCGCACCUCUGUCAGAGAUAUAUGGCCGUGUCGCGUUGUACCACAGCUGCAACCUACUCUUCCUCAUCUUCACCAUCGCCUGCGCUGUCGCCCAGAGCAUGCCGCAACUAAUCGUCUUCCGCUUGCUGGCAGGCAUGGCGGGGGUGUGUCCCUUAACCAUUGGCUCUGGGACUGUCGCUGACAUGGUCCCCAAAGAGAAGCGUGCGGGUAUCAUGGCCAUCUGGGCUAUGGGGCCCAUUCUCGGCCCGGUCGUUGGCCCCGUCGCGGGUGGCUUUUUGGCCGAAGCGGAGGGAUGGCGAUGGGUCUUCUGGGUAAUUGCCAUUACAACCGGAGUGAUGAUGAUCCUCACGAUCAUUUGGUACCGGGAAUCAUACGGACCUGUGGUACUCGAGCGUAAAGCAGCUCGUCUUCGCAAAGAAACUGGCAACCCCGACCUUCGAUCAAUCCACUACACAGGUAACCUCAACUUGCAGCUCUUCCUGUCGGCGCUGGCACGCCCACUGAAGCUGCUAUUCUGCUCCCCAAUCGUCUUCCUCAUGGCCCUCUUUGCCGCCACGACAUACGGGUAUCUCUACCUGAUGUUCACGACCAUCACCUCGAUCUUCGAAAGCAAGUACGGCUUCUCGCCUGGUGUGGCAGGCCUUGCCUACCUCGGCUUCGGAAUCGGUAGUAUGCUUGGACUGGUCACUACCGGAAUCGCCGCCAACAAAAUCGCCGCAAACCACGUGAAACGAGGCUGUUUCCGACCCGAAUCGCGUCUGCUGCCCAUGAUGAUCGGCUGCUGGUUCAUGCCCGUUGGCUUGUUCUGGUAUGGCUGGUCUGCCCAAGCGGGUGUGCACUGGAUUGUGCCCAUCUUGGGAACCGGUGUUUUUGCCGUUGGCCUGAUGACCGUCUUCAUGUCUGCCAGCACUUACCUGGUUGAUUCGUAUCUGCGCUAUGCGGCGUCAGUUACCGCGGCGAAUACCGCGUUGCGGUCGUUGAUCGGGGCUUUGUUGCCACUGGCGGGGCCGUCGAUGUAUGAAGCUCUCGGGUUGGGAUGGGGCAAUUCCUUGUUGGCGUUUAUUGCGCUAGUCAUGUGCUCGGUGCCAUUCCUCUUUUGGAAGUAUGGGGCCAUGAUUCGCACACACCCACGAUUCCAGGUCAAGUUGUGA